AUGUCAUCAUCAUCGUCAUCCCCCAUACGAGCGGCAAAUACUUCAGGAUUAACUAAAGAAGAAGAAGAUCUCAUAAUAGCGGACUCAGAAUCGGACUCAGAUUCAAAUUCACAACAAAAAACACAGAAUGUCAUUCGAAACCUGCCGGAGGACUACCUCGAUGACAUAUCUGACUCGGAUCUUGAUCAAUUAGAUGAUGAUUUGAAUGAUCCUGUGUUGACAAGGAUACCGAAAUUGAUUAAGCCCGUGGCCCCUAUUAAUAUCUUCAAAGAUGAUAACAUUUCACAUAAAGAAGUUGAGAUAAAACAGUUUGAUUUGGGUAGAUCCUUUGAUAAAAAGUUGGCUACCAAUAUUUCUAAAUUGGAUGAAUUGAUAAAAUUGGCAGAGAAAUCACCUUUGAAGUCACCCGUGGUAAAUCUGGAUAUUGAUAAGGCUAAGAAUGCAUAUAGGGCACAGUUAAAAUAUAAGGGGAAUAUUAAUGAACAUAUAGUGGAUAUGGUUGUAAGAGAAACCAUAUCGGGUCAAUUUAAAGAUUGGCAUUUUAUUGAUUCUGAAUAUAAUUUUAAACUUUUGGAUCCGAUACUGGAUAGUGAUGAUUUUUUCUAUUUAAAUGAAAUACAAAUGACUGAGAAAAUUAAGAAACAAUUUCCGACUUUACAUGAAUUAUGCUUGGCACUUGGUUGUAAUAAAGUGAAAUUGAACAACAUUCAUAUUAGCAAAGAAGAUCUCCUCCAAUAUGAUAAUCUCGUUGAACUGACGCCCACUGAAAAUGUAAUGAAAUUAAUUUGUUAUUAUGGAAGUGAUCCUUUGUUCAACAAAAUAUUCAUUUGUCUCAUAUUGGAUAGAAAGAUAUAUGAAUCUUUAUUUUGUGACUCCCUCAUCUGUACCACCAUCUAUUGCAAAUUAAUAUUACAAAAUGACCCAGAUAACGAAUCACUGUUCUUGCAAGAUUAUCUUCAAGUAGUCGACAAGGGAAACUACUUCCUACAUUAUAGACUAAUUAGAUUACUUCCGAAUUUGAAAAAUGCAUUAAUUGAACGUUUAUUUAAGGAGAACCAGGAUACAAAAUUGGCACAAUUUGUUAAAACUUUUAAUAAACUAUUUGAUGAAAAAAUGUAUCGAGAUUUAUUAUAUUUCGUACUAUUUAUUUAUGGCUCUGAUGAGAUGCCCUUCGGUAAUUCCAAAACCACUGAAUACUUUAAGGAUUGUGUCUAUGAUAUGACACAAGAUGGUACUAAUGAUGUGGAAUUAUCGUUAAUGAAAGGUGUUUUAAACCUUUUCUAUCAAAUAAAUGAAGUUUAA